UGAGCGAUGCAGUGAGGCGUGUAUGUCGGUGAAUUGCUAAGUAAACGGAAGUUUGCAACAAAACUAGAACAAAGUGCGAGUGCUUUACGCACGAACAAUAAAUCUAGUUACACAACAACAACAACAACAAAUAUUAAUAUAAUUUUUUCCCGUCAUUUUAAGAAGCGUUUGGCUGUGAAGUGUAGAUAAAUACUAAAAUAAAUGAAAAGUGUUAACAAAAACAAAAACAAAAAUUAACAACAACAAGCAUAAAAAUUAAAGUAAAUACAUUUUCACAGUGAAAGUGAAAGAGAAUUGCAAAAGCAACCGAGUGAAUGAAAGGCGGUGAAUCUCAGCCAUCAUUUGCCGCUAAACAAGUAGAUUAGUGAAAAGAGAAAUAUAAAGCGCAAACAAAACAAACAUAGCGAAUGUACUUAAACAGACAAAUACAAAUACACAAAUAGAGCGCAUUUGCACUGGCAAUCAUGGAUUAGCCUCAUUGCGGGUUGUUCGAGAGCACGCCAGCAGCGGAAAUGAAUGCUUGAAGAUGUGCAAACAAACGUAUCAACCACAACCACAGCGUGUGCAACAACAAACGCUGGCAGCAGCAAUCUAAACGGAUUACGGCAGCGUGCGAGAUUCACACGCGGAAAUAAAUGGCGUGCAUAUUUGUCUUGCGAAAGGGUACAAUGCUAAGAGAUUAGAUGUUCAUUGUGCAACUUUUUGAUUGAUAUUCUUGCCACAACAAGAGAAAAACUGGGGAUGAAAAACCAAAAUAAAAAGGAUUUAAUAUCUAAAUAUGCAGAAACAAGAAAAAAGACGCGAACUGCGUCUGAAGAGAUUUUGGCGUUCACCAAAAACAACAUCAUCCGAAGAUUCGACCGGCUAUGAGAGCCCCACACGUACCAAGCCCGCAAAUGACGCACAACGUUUCAAUCAUUUGCACUACACCAGCUUAGCGCAGAGUGCACCGGGUGGACCCGAAAAUGGCACGGCCUACAACAAGCCGACUUGUUCGCUGCCACUGUUGCAAGUGUGGCCCAGUCAGGAUUCGCCACGCGGCGAGGCGGAUGGACAAUCCUUCAUCUUCCCUGUUAUUGCCGAGACGAGUACGAGCAGCAGUAGCGGUGCCGGCAGCAGCAGUACGACUGGCGAUAGCGCUGCUGCUGGCAGUUCGACUACCACCACGACCACCACCAGCGGCACUUCUGGCAUCGGCAACAACAAUCACAGCAAUAGCAAUAACUUAAGUAAUGGCAAUCAUUUAACGCUCAGCAACUCCUGCUUAGGCGAACGGCGUCGCAGCUCGCUCUACUGUGAUACUUUGCAUGCGGGCGACUCCGGCAUCGACUCGGUGCAAGCGUCGCCCUCACCCAACGCACUGCCGCCACCACCCGGUGCGUCACUGCUCGGUGGUGGCUUAGGUAUUGGCAGCAACUCCUGCAAUGUCUCACCCGCCACAACGCCAACACAGGGUUCACCGAAUCUCUCAUUGGGCGGUGCGCGUGCGGGUGCGCGUGCCAGCAUCAGUGUGGGCGCGGCAAAUUAUCGACGCAAAUCCAGUGCGCUACUACAUCCUGAUCACGCGCGCCUCUUUGCGUUGCGAAUGAAACACGCUGCCGCUUUGGAACGCGCACAAACAUCGCCGGAUCAAACAUCCAUCGAAGAUGCAACCGAGUUCCAUGACAACGGGUUGGCAACGAAUUUGCGUUUGUGCUCUGCGUCUUCGUCGACGACGUCGUCGCUGACCUCCGUCGCAGCGGUUAGCUUAGGCGGUGGCAUGGGAGUGAUCGGUGCAGCCGGCUCCUCCUCAUCCUCCGCUGCAGCUGUGGCAGCAUGUCUGGCUGCCAGCGCUGGUGCCGGUUCACAGCAGCGCGUCUCCGACCCAUGGCUGCAGCCGCAAUCGGAUCGUGAACGUGAUUCGCGCUACGAACGGCGUCGUUCCUCCACAAUGACGGCGCGCUACUCACUCUUCGAUGCAUUGGAUUUGGAGUAUGUGUUGUUGCGUGCAGCGGCACGCGGUUCGGUCGGCCCAUACUCACUAAGCGAAUCUAUACACAAACUGACAUUUACACAAUCGUUGGCGUUUCCGGCACUGGCACGCGGUCUCGCCACGAAACGGCGGCGUUCGCAUACGCGUACCAGUUCGCGACCGCUAAACCCCAAUGAGUCGGGUCUAAAUACGUGUGCGAAAGUCGUUACCGCUGUCAUUCUGGUGGGUAUUUCGUUUAUGGUGUUUCUGAUUGUGUAUAAAUUUGUGCGGACGUGAGGUUUACUCCUGGCCCCGACAGAUUUUCCCGUCACAUAUCAGCAAGCGAAUGCGAAUGCAAAUGUAUACACGUCGUUCGCAACGGGAAAUGCUAGUGCCAGCAAAACACUGUCGGGGUUCAGGAGAGUAUUGGGUCUGAAAGAUCGAGAUUAAAUGCAUAAAUGUGAAAAAAUAAUCGUGUAAGGCGUAUGCACUAUUUUAAGCGUCUUAUACAUACAUACAUACUUAGUAAUAAAAGUUGUGAUAAAAAGUGUAUCAUAAAGUGUAAAACUUAGCGCAGAAUGGCUGCGAUACCUAGUAAUGCUGGAAUCAUGCCAUUUUGUCAAACAAAUGGAGCUGACAGUAAAAAGCGUUUCAAUUAAAAACAAAAUUUGUAAUUCAAAAACUUACACAAAAUGCCUUUUUAAAAUAGUAUUUGCUACUUUUUAAUACUCAUAGCAUUAUCAACACCUAACUGUAUGCAUAUACAUACAUAUGUGUGUAUGAAACUGCUGCUCGAUUUAACUAAAAAAACUAUCUAGCAGUCAAUAUUAUUAUUUUUUUUUUUAGUUUCUUUAUUACGUUGCUAAAAUAUAUUCAUUUAUUAAUUUCAUAAAAUUUAUUAAUAUUAGAUAUAUUUUCUUCUCUUUUUUAUUUAUGUUCCUCUGUUACGCAAAUCACCCACAUUCGAAAAUAAUUUUGAGUGCAAUCCAUUGUGAAAUAAAUUUUUUGGGCAGUACAAAGUCAGUUAAAAGAGUGAGGUUAAUUUCCUAAUUAAUUAAAUUUAAUAAAUAAUAGUGUGAAGAAAAACCCCUAUAAAGUUAGAGACAACCCCUCUUGAUAUUUUUGAGAUUUUCAGGGCCUGUUCUUAAAGGGUUGUGCUUUUUAAGGUUUAAAAAUAGAAGAACUAAAGGGGUUUUCAGUAAGAGCGUUGCAAAAGUUUUUUAAAUAAAUAUGGAACUCCAUUUUUUUGCAUGGUCACCAUGGGUAAGCUUGCAGAAGUCCAGUUCUCCAGCAUAAAUCGGCCAAUACUGCCGACUUCACCUUCGAAAUUCGUACGAAGUUCAUCAAUCGACGCUGGCUUUGGCACCGACCAUAGACUUGAAGUAGCCCCACAGGAAAUAGUCUAGCAGCGUCAAAUCGCACGACCGAGGCGGCCAAUUGACUUACCCAUUUCGUGAGAUAACAUGUUCACCAAAAUUGAUUUUCAAUAAAUCAAGGACUGGCUCCGAAUUUCGGUUGUAAAUUUUGACAAAUUCGACUCGUUGUUGAACCGUAUAUCUUUCCAUGAUGCCAAAAAUUACUAAAGAGAAAUGUCAAAAGAGCGGGAAAAAAUAUAGCGUCGUUUGCUGUCCCUAUCAGUCUACUAGAGGACUGUAGCGUCCUAUUGUAAACCCCUUUAUAAAAGCUAUUCAGGUAUAAGCCUUAUUUGAAUAUGAUUUAUUUAUUCCGGCAAUUCAAUAAUAAGGAAAUACAUCUUAUUUCUAUAUAGCCUAUUUUCGCACUGGAGUUAAUUGAACAAUUAACCGACCAUUGCUUGAGUUAGAACGAUAUACCAUAGAAACAAAAACAUUUAUUUUACUACAUUAAUUUUUAAUCGAGUUGGAAUUGGAAUGCAACGCUGUAGAUUGUUGUCCACGCUGUAAAUUUGGCUGUGUCUAUUGAUAAAAUAGCAAUGGGCUGAUGAAACUUACCAACUGCUUAUGAACAGCAAAAACAAAAAUGUUUAGCAGCUGAUCAGCUGAGUAGCCGGCAGUGCAAAAGGCAAUUGGGUGUGUAAAUGGCUAUUACAAAAAUUAAUAAUAAAAUGUUAAAGUUUUCUUUAUUCAUAAUUACUGCAUUGUUACAGGUGAAAGGUGUAGCGAACGUUAUAGCAACAGUUCCCUUAAUCAUUCACAGUAUUCGACUCUAGGAAUUACAAUUUGUCCAGCAAUUUUCGGUCAAUAGUGAAACCCGAACAUAAAUAUUAUUCUUGCCCUUAUGGGUUUACCGAAUGCAUUAUUAAUGAUCCGUCAAGUAUGUAAACAUUUUCCAUGAAUAACUUAAAGUUACUUAAAUCAUUUGAAAGUUGCCCACUUGAGAGUGGAGCGAUUUAUUAAUUUAUGUCAGACAAUCGCUAUGUAAUUGGACUCACUUUUGAAAUGGUAUAUUUUCUGACGGUGUCUCUUGAGUAUCGGUAAAGGAACAGACAAUCUUCAUAAAAUCCAAUGUAUCUGAAAUUAAUAUUUCCAACCUGUUCUAUGAAUGAACAUAUUUUGCAAAUGAAUACCAUAUAUCAGUAAUCUUCUAAAAGUAUAAAAUUCAAAUAUAUAGCAAGCACUAUCAUUUCUUAUUAAUUUAUACAUUGAUUAAAUAUUAUUUAAUUCUCAAAUAUUUUGCAUUGAAAUAUUAUUUGCUUUUUCCAAUUAACAUUUCUACUCUAAAAGUGCCUAUUUAUCUAACAAUCUUUACUCAAGCUUCGAAUUUAAUCAGAAAAGAAAUAUUUAUAAAAUGUAUAAAAAAAGUAAAAAAUGCUUCAACUUUAAAACAUUUUAGAUUAAUACUUGUAUUUAUAACUUUUUUACCAUAACAAAAAUAUAUUAUAAAAUGAGGCGUUAAUUGAAUAUCAACAGUGGAAAUUUGAGCAUUGGAAAUUCAAUGUGAAAAAAAAUUAAGAAAAUCACUUUCUUGUUCCAUAUUUAUUUUCAUAAAUUUAUAGUAAUGUGGUAUUUGUAUACUUUAGAGGUUUUUAGCUUAUACCAUGUUCAAAAAGAGCUAUUUGGAAGCUUUAACUCAAUUCGUUGAGAUCGUUAAGUAUUUUUUGAUGAGGUAAUUAUAGAGUUAUUUCGGUACUUAAUGCGUUAAUUGACUUCAUCUUCAAACAGAAAUAUUUAAAUGUUCCGAUUAAUUCAAUUAAGUUUCGACUGCAAUCUGAUUAAAUGUAGAAGAUGAGGCUAACUAAACGAGGUAACAGCUAUAACUCUUAACUAUACGAACUUCUAAGAUCCUUUUAAUAAAAAAAAAAAUAAUAGAGGAAGUAAUCAAAAUUUGUGUAAUGUUUUAUUAUUGAUUUGAAGAUUUUAGAUUCACGAAGGUUCAUUUAAGUUCAAAGCAAAACUUUACACCAAUUUAUUGUCAAUUAAAUACUAAUUUCGUAGUUAAUUGUUUUACUGUGUGGUUGAAUUGAGAAAAAUUAAGAUAUAAAUUACCACAUCAUAUAAAUUACCCAAUUAAAAGUCUACUUGAACGUGGUAUUUUUUUAAAAUAAAUUUUUCAAAAUAAUACUAACUUAUGAAAAAUACAAUAAUUUCUCAAAUAAUUAAGUCGAUAAUUGGUAAAUCUUUUGAAUUAAAUUUAUAGUUAAAGUUAAAAAAAAAUAUAUAAAAUAUUAAAUGAAAAGGCCAAAACCAACAAAACCUUCUAAUAUGACAACCAAUAAAUUAACUCAAUUAGUGAGCAGUAAAUGCUAGAAGCACUGAAAUGCAACAAAAAUAUCAAUAAUACAAAAACAUGACAAGUAAUAUUAAAUCGAACAUAUGCUGUGGCAGAGACAAGAAACUGUUUAAGUAAUAAGAGAUACGUAAAUACAUAGUCAAGUAGUAGGUAUGUAUGUUGUGUUAAGUGCAAAAUUGCAUAUUUAAUACUAAGCAGACACAUUAAGGCAUUGGAUUUGUUGCAUGUAUGUCGCUAAGUAUUAGAAAUGUGUGUGAACAGUUGAUAAUUGUCAUGCAAUUAAUAUGAUGUUAUGCUGCACCAUUGAUACAUUAGAUAGUUAUGAAAAUGCUGGUUGAGAUUCUAAAGUAUUCUUCUAAAACUAAAUGCCUUUACUUAAACAUAAAACAAAAACAAGUACUACAAAAAACAUUUCGGCUUUGCUACAAACACAUAGUACAUAUAUAAAUUGAAAUACACAUAUUUAUAGCUACAAUUAGUACGAGUACUAUAUUUAAUUAAGUGUAAUAAUAAAGCUUACAAUUUUUAUUAUGAUAAAAUAUAUGUAUUAUAAAUUGUGGAUUUCGUUGCAUCGAAGAAUAGUUAAGAAGCUGCUUAUUUCACAGAUAUAUAUAGGGAUAUAUUGUAUAUAGUUUGGCGCACAAAUAUCAUUCUGAUAUGAAUGAGACAAAUUACAAAUCUAAAAUAUUUUCUGUUUUACUUGUACUUGAUAGCUCUGUUCGUAUAAUUAUUACAUGGCGUAUCAGAAAAAGUUACUUUUACAUUUUUUCAAUAAACAAUUCUAUUAAGCAAUUUGUACAGUGUGUAACAGCUUUUAUGUUAACAUAUAAACUUGUAAUCACUAAAUAAUAAACAGCAAUUUUUUAUCCUUUGUUUUAUAAAAUGUUACCUCUUAAAAUAAUCGGUACUUCUUUUCACAUACUUGGCGGUGAAUGAGGACAAGACGAAAUAUCUCUUGUCAUCAAACAAACAGUCAGCGCACUCGCGUCUUGGCUCUCACGUCACUGUUGACAGCCAUAAAUUUGAAGUAGUAGAUAGUUUCAUAUAUCUGGGAACCAGUAUCAACAACACCAACAAUGACAGCCUCGAAAUCCAGCGCAGAAUCACUCUUGCCAACAGGUGCUACUUUGGACUGAGUAGGCAGUUGAACAGUAAAGUUCUCUCUCGACGAGAAAAAACGUGACUAUUUUACCCAAAGAAAAAAGUUAUGAAGAAUAGAUCAGAAAAAGUGAUAUAUUCACUAUCCCCAACACAGCCACCAAAAAAAAUGUGCAGCCCUACUAUGUGUACUUUAUGUUUUUGGGGUCGUUGGAUCCGAAUCCGAAGUAAAUUAAUUUAACCCCAUAAAACCAAUACGGCGUACAGCUUUUGUAAAAAUUCUUAGCGGGAGUUUUCGGGGUCCCAGAUUACAAAUCCGGUGUGGGUUUUUCAAAAUUCAAAAUUGCGGAUCCAAUACAGCGGACACUUUUUUGAAAAAUUCAUCGGCUUGAAACUCGUUACUCGGGAGUUUUUGAGAUUGCUGAGUCCAAAUCCGAGGUCUAUUUGAUCUCAUCAAUCAGGAUUUUUUUCUAACCUCAAAAUAGUUAACGGGUUUUUGUGUCAUUAAUUUUUUUAAAACAUUGGUGGAUUUGCAUGAAUUUCUAAUGGUUCUCUUUUAUUGAGCUAUAACGAGUUCUUUGCUGUUCAAAAAAUCUCUGUAAUGUUUUGACCUUAGAAAUUCUAGGAAAUAUCGUCUAUAAAUACUCGAAACAUUUAUUUUUAAUCUAGAGCUUUGUGAAACUGUUUCAUAAGACCUCGUUCCUUAGCCCCAAAAAAAAGUUAAGUUUUAAGAUGGGCGAAAUCGGUUCACAACCAUGCCUACUUUCUAUAUACCAGAACUUUGAAGUUGAUCUGAAUCGUACUGCCACUCAUAACUAAUGUCGUUCAGAAAUAUUUGCAUAUUUCCAUCAUUUUCUCUUAUUACAGUCAGAGCUAUAGAAAUCGGAGCAUAAACUUUGAUAUGAGAAAAUGGAAAAUUGUGACUUCGUGCUAUUAUUGUUACCCAAAAGAUAUCUCUUUAAGUUUUACGGCUUUUAAAUCAUGGUAAAUAGGUUGUUGUAACCGACACGAAAUUUAGGCUAUUGAAUCGAUUAUCUCACUAAUAUACUUGAUAUAGCACGAUUUUGCGAUACAUAUGUCUGUAUACCAUAAGCUACGAUAUUUUUAUUAUUAUUCAUAUUAGAAAGAUAUUUAUAUGCCAACUUGAAUACUAGAUUUUAGUUGAACAUGUGCUGUUAAGUAAAAUAAGUAUAAUGAAAAAAUUAAAAAAAUAAUAAUCUUUGAUAAAUAUUCAAAAACAGUAAAUAUUGUAGUUGUAAUUUUUAAACAAGCUUAUUUAGCUAUAACUUAACAUAACAUAACAUAUGGAGUUAACUAAGAGGUUUAAGUUAAAUGAAAUAAACUUAUAUUGAAAUGAAGUACUUAAGUAAUGAUUACAAUCAGCAGUCAACAUGAUAACUAAAUGACGUAAGAGGAAUA